AUGAGAGUGCAUACAAAGGAAAAGCCAUUCAGCUGUGAGAUUUGCAGUGAGGCCUUCUCUCAUAAAGGUCAUCUAGUAGAGCACAUGAGAGUGCAUACCAAGGAGAAGCCAUUCAGCUGUGAGAUUUGCAGCAAGGCCUUCUCUCAGAAAAGUACUAUAGUAAAGCACAUGAGAGUACAUACAAAGGAGAAGCCAUUCAGAUGUGAGAUUUGCAGUAAGACCUUCUAUGAGAAAUGUACUCUAGUAGAUCACAUGAGAGUGCAUACAAAGGAAAAGCCUUUCAGAUGUGGGAUUUGCAGCAAGGCCUUCUCUCUGAAAGGUACUCUUGUAAAGCACAUGAGAGUACAUACAAAGGAGAAGUCAUUCAUAUGUGAGAAUUGCAGCAAAACCUUCUAUGAGAAGGGCCAUCUAUCAAGGCACAUGAGAGUACAUACAAAGGAGAAGCCAUUCAGAUGUGAGAUUUGUGGCAAGACCUUCUAUGAGAAAGGCCAUCUAGCAAGACACAUGAGAGUACACACAAAGGAGAAAGAAAAGUAUUCUAGUACAGCACAUAAGAGUACAUACAAAGGAGAAGUCAUUCAGAUGUGA